AUGCCAACGAAAGCUUUCGGUAGUUCUCUAUUACGACUUCGACCAGCAGGAUUCUCCAUUUUUCACAAUACAUCCAAAAACUACCAACAACAGCGGCCUGGGAUAAAGAAAUCUAUACUUGAAUCACGUGUAAAUUUCGCGUUUGACCAAUACAGGCUUUACUCGUCUGGAGGUGUUCUUUCUCGGCAAGACAUUGAAUCUAGGAUUGUGCAGAUAUUAAAGGAUUUUGACAAAGUUGACCCAGAAAAGGUAACUCCGAAAUCUCGUUUUGCUGAAGAACUUGGAUUGGACAGCUUAGAUGCAGUGGAGGUUGUUAUGGCGAUUGAAGAAGAAUUCUCUGUAGAGAUUCCUGAUAAAGAGGCCGAUGAAAUUCGGUCAAUUAAUGAUGCAAUUGAAUAUAUUUCAAAACAUCCAGAUGCUAGUUGA